AUGAAGGAAAAAUCAAAGAAUGCUGCGAAAAAGCGCAGAGAGAAAGAGAACGGAGAGUUUUAUGAGCUGGCCAAGCUGCUGCCUCUGCCGGCGGCCAUCACCUCCCAGCUGGACAAGGCCUCCAUCAUCCGACUGACGAGCAGCUACCUCAGGAUGCGGAGCAUUCUCCCCGACGGUCUGGGUGAUGGAUGGGGGCAGUCAACAAGGUUCAGUCCUCUGGACAGCAUGGCAAAGGAGCUGGGUACCCACCUUUUACAAACUCUAGAUGGGUUUGUUUUUGUUGUUGCGUCAGAUGGGAAAAUCAUGUACAUUUCAGAAACGGCAUCAGUGCACCUUGGUCUGUCACAGGUGGAGCUAACAGGAAACAGUAUAUUUGAAUACAUCCACCCAUCAGACCAUGAUGAGAUGACAGCAGUGCUGAGUCUCCGCCAGGCCCCACAGCAUCACUUCUUGCCAGAGUAUGAAAUUGAGCGGUCCUUCUUCUUGAGGAUGAAGUGUGUUCUUGCCAAACGAAAUGCAGGGCUGACAUGUGGAGGAUAUAAGGUCAUCCACUGCAGUGGCUACCUGAAAGUGCGUCAGUACAUGGUGGACAUGGUGCUCUAUGAAUCAUGCUAUCAGACUGUGGGCCUGGUAGCAGUUGGACACUCCCUGCCUCCCAGUGGUAUCACUGAGAUCAAACUCCAUAGUAACAUGUUCAUGUUCAGAGCCAGCCUGGACUUUAAGCUCAUCUUUUUGGACAUGAGGGUGGCAGAGCUGACAGGCUACGAGCCCCAGGACCUGAUAGACAAGACUCUUUACCACCAUGUUCAUGCCUGUGACAUUUUCCAUCUACGAUACGCUCAUCAUUUAUUGCUGGUGAAGGGUCAGGUUACCACCAAGUAUUACCGCUUGCUAUCAAAGCAUGGAGGUUGGGUGUGGGUGCAGAGUUACGCCACCAUUGUCCACAACAGCCGUUCAUCCAGACCUCACUGUAUUGUCAGUGUGAACUACGUCCUCACUGACAUUGAAAGAAAGGAACUGCAGUUAUCUGAAGAUCAGAGUCAAGCCACUAAGUGUGGUGUAAGUCUCACUUCAUCUCAGGACCACAGCAGACAAUUCAGAACCAAAGCAGUCAAGAUGAAGACCAAACUAAGAGAAGCUCCCUAUCUUGAGCAGCAGCUCUACUCUGAGCCCCUGCCGGAUAGCCGAACUCCUCAACCUAUCUCUAAGGGAAAGGCCAGUCACCCAUUGGAGAAGGCCUUUCCGCCGCUUCUAUCCACGAUCAAGUUCUUUCGGUCACUUCCUACAGCUCGUGACCAUAGCACCCUGGCGAAGACUUUCACAGGGAGGGUUAGGAGUGUGAUCCCCCCUGUAGUUGGAACAUAUCCUUGGGUCCCCCUUCUUAAAGAUGGGAACCACCACCCCAGUCUGCCAAUCUCCUCCGUGACUCGCUACCUUGAUUUGGCGGAGGGGUUUGUAAGUACCAGGGAUCCUGGGGGCUAUGUUGUUGGGGGGCUUUUGCCACCAGUAGGGUCUCCCAUGGCAAAUUGGUCCUGGGUGAAGGACCAGAUAAAGAACUAUUCAAAACACUCCUCUGAGUAUAAGAUCAAGGGAACAGUUCACCCUGCCAGCGAUAUGGUUACUGGGGCCCAGCCCUGGAGGGUGGAGGGUGCCCGAGAGCAAGUGUCUAGUGGCCGGCCCUUAAUCCAUGAGGCCUGGCCAGGCACAGCCCGAAAAGGAACAUGGGCCCAUCCUCCUGUUGGCCGACCAUGCACAGGAGAUGCCGUAGCUAACAAGACUGGCAAUUCAAACAUGGAAUGUCCCCACUUGAAGGGAGGGAGCCAGAGUCUGUGCGUGAAGUUGAGAGAGUACCCAGCCUUUUUGGAGUCUCUGGGCAGGGUCCUUAAGGGUGCUCCACCUGGGGACUCUGUUGUCCUACUGGUAGACUUCAACGAUCAUGUGAGCAAUGACAGUCGAUCAUCAGGCCUGCGGCCAUAUGUUCUGGACACUCUGAUGCCUGUCGUGGUGGUAACCCCUGAACCAAAGGAUUUACACCAGACGUGA